AUGGAAGAGGCCAAGCUGCUUGGGAAACAAGAAUCACCAGAAAUCGAUUCCCUCUCAGACACAGAAGAAGUAGCAGCAGCACUGCCAUUUGACACUAAACCAACUUUUCGAAACAUACUACAAAAUGAGAUCGCGCAAAACAUUAAAGCAGAAGACUCCUUAUUGAAUGAAGAAAAUGUGAAAAAUCAGCUAGCAAUGAGCAAUCCAAGCAAUAAUGGAACAAAAGGAGAAGAUGAAGAGGAUUUGAAUGCUGCCAAAGCUUUGUUGCAGGACGAAGGGAUGGCGCCUUUGUUGGAGGAUGAAGAGGUGACGCAAAGUCAAACAGAAGAAGAUGUAACAAAUGCAUUAGAGCAGUCAAAGCCAAUGGACACACAACCGCAGCCAAUGCAAACUGAUACACAAGAGAUAUCAGUACCAGUAGAUACACAAGAGCAGCCAGAUACCCAAGAGCAACAGGAGCCAGCAGAUACCCAGAGACAGCCAGCACUAACAGAUGAGCAGCAGCAAUCAGUGCAAGCAGAUGUACAAGAGUUGCCAAUGCCAGCAGAUACGCAACAGCAGUCAGCGCCAAUGGAGACAGACAAGGCACACGAGAAUGUUUCUGACGGCAAUAUUGAGGAAGACAUCAUAAAGGAAGAGGUUGUGGACAUUAAGCCUCCAGGAGAGCAACCUAUUGCCAAGGACUACUACUAUCGUUGUCGUUCAUGCAAUCAAGUAUUAGAAAAUCUGAGAGGAUUGGUAGAACACCGUAUGGCAAAGCACAACGUUCAUCCUCGUCCUCAUCUUUUCACACACAUGGAUCUGGAGCCUGUUGUUAGUGAUCCAGAUCACUAUUGCCGAUCUUGCGACAUGUAUUUCAUCUCACGUAUGAGGUAUCGAGACCAUUUGGAAAACGCACAUCAUAUGAUUUUGAAACCAUUGCGAAGGCCCACCUACGUGAUUGACGAGGACCCCAAAUUCUACUGUGAGAUAUGCGACAAAUAUCUGAGAAACAAGUACAUGCAUCGCUACCAUUUACAAAAGCAACACAAUAUGGAACUACCACCUCUUAAACGAAAGGCCAACCCUGAUAUUACACCUGACUUGGAUAAUCCAGACUUUUACUGUGCAUCGUGCGAGUACAAGUUCAAGAACAAAGGAGCCUUUAGAACACAUUGUGAAAAAAUCCAUAAAAUGCAAGUGCAAAAGAAGAGUAGAAUUGUAAAGGAGGGAACACCAGACGUAUACGAUCCACACAAUCAUUGCAAAGUGUGCGAGCAUACAUUCACAUCAAAGCAAAAAUACAAGAGACACUGCCGCAACGUGCACAAAAUGGAUGAUCCUGCGCUGCGGCCGCAUUUGCUAAAACGUGUCUCGACACCCAAAUUCUUUUGUAAAACGUGUGAUAUGCCACUCUACAAAGAUUCCUAUUACCUUCGACACUUGUCUUUGACACACGAUGUGGAAAUUAUAUCCUUGCAUCACGACGAAGAUGACACUGAAUCCAGAGCCGAUAUCAUUGAACUCAUUCGUACUCGCAAAGCGGAAAUAGAUCAAGGCGAAUCACCCGAAUAUGAAUCUCGCCCUCAAAUCGUUACCGUUGAUAUCGAAUCUGCUGACACUAAAGCUUCACCCUCUGAAAAUCAUAUCCAAUCCACCAAAAAUGCUAUUACCGUCAUCGAGAGUGCUACUGAAUUUUCAAAAAUCAAUGCUGCUUCGAGUGAAACUCAAGCUGAAUCUGUCAACACGCCAAAUAAACCGAUGGCACUAUGUCGUCGAACUACAAAACGUGUUCGCUUUGCUGAUCUUCCCACCAAAAUUGAUGACACACCUACUGGAUACGACAGCUCUCAAACUGAAUCUGAUGAUCAUCAACCUGAUUUAGAGGAAAACGACCCAUUGUACUCAGACGAUGCGGAUCAGUCUGAGUCUGAUGAGAAUCCCAGACGAAUAUCUCCCAGGCUCAGACUAAAACAAGGUCAUGUACCAACAUAA